AUGAACCAGAACUUAUUCAGCAGUAGUAACGUCAGCAGUAACAACUUCAACUGGAUCAUGGAUUACACGGCAGCGUACAACAACACCAUGCCUCUCAUACCUGUUUACAACAACUACAACAACAACCACCAUAACAUUAACGAAAAUUCUCAUCAUCAUCAGCAACAGCAACACCAUCCGCAUCAUAUAGAUUACGACAACAUCGACAACAACAACAACAACCUGGAUAAAGCAGGUACGCAUCCAACGACACAAUCCAUGGAUUACUACAUGCGAACAAUUUCUCCUUACGACAACAACAACAACACAACAACAACAACAACAAACGCCAUCAACAGCAAAUUCCACAACAGACUCUCCCACUUCGAACCAUCCAUCCACCAUCAGUACGACAUCCACUCGCAUCACCACUUUCAAACAUUCAACCAAUCCUACCACGCCGACUACCACCACCACCACAACACCAACAGCAACAGCGGCAACAUCUACCACACCAACCACCACAACCACAUCACUUCUCCGCUACUUCCGAAUGACCAGGAAAACUUGAAGUUAUUAAAGUACAACACCUUUCUCGGCUACCACUACGGAACCAUCAGGAACCAUACAAGUUUGAACGACUGCUCACCUACGGAUGAAAAUUUGAAUGGUGACUGUCACGAGGAAUCUAGCAACAAAAAUAAUGAAGUUCCGAAUGUUGCACACAACAACAACACACCACACAACGAGGCGGCGGCACACGUUAUUGAACCAACUGCCAACGCAAGCAAGAUCAACAACAACCACUUCAACAACAAAAAUUUCGCUAUCGAAUAUUACAGAGCGAAGCAACUAAAGCAUUGCUACAACAGCGUCAACUGUAGCGAAAAUAUAAACAUCAUCAACAACGUCAACAACAACAACAAUUCUGACAUGAAACCUAAACUAAACAACGACAUCAACAUUGACCACAAAUCUAAAACAUCAUCUCCAAAAACAGAAGAUCUAUCAACAUUAUCAACAACGAAAGUUGAUAGCAACAGUUGCGAUGAUAAAGUAUCUCCAGCAAACCACAAUAUAAUUGAUGGCAACAACAACAACAUCAACAACAACUCACCUUCCAAGAAAUACAUAACAACGUCAACAACCUCUCCCAACAACAGCAUCCAGAACUUGAACAACUACUUCCACUUGAAUAACGUCACAUCAUUCAAAGACCAACGACAUAUUGACAAAAACAACAGCAACAAGCAGCAGCAUCACUACAACCCAAACAUCCUUGAUUACAACGAUGAUUCGAUAAAAAACUGUCUUCCAAAGCACCAUUGGCUGGAUUCAAAUUUUAAAUUUAUAGUUUUCAUAGUAUUGGCAGCAGAAAGAUACUUUGUUGCAAAAUCAGCUGCUAGUGAGAUGAGGGGAGUGGCCAGAGUAAGGGAAAUGUCACGUGAUGAUGAAGAUGGCGACGAAGAUGAUGAAGAUCGCAAAGCUUCUGCAUGCAAGGGAAGUGACUCCGACAACACAGGUCAUUGCAUUAUCGCGUCAUCGUUACGUCACAGCUACAGCAUCUCCAUGAUUUGA